UUGGAUAUUUUUGUUCCUCAAAAACAGUAACCGACACUUUUCAAUCUAUAAGUAUACUCUCCACAAUUUCAUCUUAUUUCCUCACACCCAGCCAUUACAUAUUAAGUUUCCAAUCAAAAGCUUUAAUGAAGAGGAUUGUGCUAGCGUCAGUCUUGUUGUUCUUCUUCUUCUCCAAUGGAGCUGCUGCAGCAGCCAUGACCGACACAAGUUAUAACCUUUACAAGGAUCCAAAGAAACCCAUCAAUGCCCGCAUAAAGGAUCUUAUGAGCAAGAUGACUCUAGCCGAGAAGAUUGGACAAAUGAUGCAAAUUGAAAGAAUUAACGCAACUGCUCAAAUCAUGAAAGAAUACUCAAUUGGAAGCAUCCUUAGCGGCGGAGGAAGCGUUCCUCGGCCGCGUGCCUCACCCGAGGAAUGGGUGAAAAUGGUUAACAAUUUUCAGACCGGUUCUCUAUCGAGUAGGCUCGGAAUUCCUAUGAUUUAUGGCAUCGAUGCUGUCCAUGGCCAUAACAAUGUCUAUAAUGCUACUAUUUUCCCACACAACAUUGCCAUUGGAGCAACUAGGGAUCCCAAUCUUGCAAAACGGAUUGGUGCUGCCACGGCUGUUGAAGUUAGGGCGACUGGGAUCCCUUACGCUUUUGGUCCAUGUAUCGCUGUAUGCAGAGAUCCAAGAUGGGGUAGGUGCUAUGAGAGUUAUAGUGAAGAUCCUAAUGUUGUAAAGGCAAUGACAACAAUUAUAAUAGGUUUACAAGGGGAACCCCCUAAUAAGGGCAUUCCUUAUGUUGGUGGAAAGGAUAAGGUUGUAGCUUGUGCAAAACAUUUUGUGGGUGAUGGUGGAACUGUUAAGGGUAUCAAUGAGAACAACACAAUAGCCACUUGGCAUCAACUAUUGACCAUUCACAUGCCCGCCUAUUACGAUUCAAUCAUCAAUGGUGUCUCAACCAUUAUGGUUUCAUAUUCAAGUUUAAACGGAGUUAAGAUGCACGCAGAUCGUGAUCUUAUCACUGGAUUUCUUAAGAACAAACUUCAAUUUAAGGGUUUUGUCAUCUCCGACUAUCAAGGAAUCGAUAAAAUCUCGUCACCUCCUUAUUCAAAUUACACGUAUUCCAUCGAAAAAUCCAUUCUCGCCGGAAUUGACAUGGUAAUGGGUAUUUAUAGCCACACGGAUUUUCUUGAAAUUUUGACGUCCUUAGUCAUGCAGAAGAUCAUCCCCAUUAGUCGUAUUGAUGACGCUGUCUCAAGGAUUUUGAGAGUUAAGUUCACUGCUGGCCUCUUUGAGAAUCCCUUGUCGGAUCUUAGCCGAAUUGAUAGUAUUGGAAGUGAGGCUCAUAGAGAGUUGGCAAGAGAAGCGGUUAGGAAAUCUCUUGUGCUAUUGAAGAAUGGAGAGAAUUCGGAUAGUCUGGUUCUUCCUUUACCCAAAAACCCAUCGAGGAUUUUAGUAGCUGGAACGCAUGCAGACAACUUGGGCUACCAAUGCGGCGGUUGGACCAUGACUUGGCAAGGAUUUAGUGGCAACAACCUAACAGAAGGAACAACCAUUCUAAACGCAAUUAGAGAUGCAGUUGAUCCAGCGACAAACGUAAUAUAUAGCGAGAAUCCAGAACCUGGCUUUGUCAAGUCAUCGAAUUUCUCAUAUGCCAUUGUUGUUAUAGGAGAAGGUUCCUAUGCAGAAGGCUACGGAGACAGCAUGAACUUGACUAUUCUGGAACCAGGUCCAACAAUAAUAACAAAUGUGUGUGUGAAUGUCAAGUGUGUGGUGGUCCUAAUUUCGGGUCGUCCUCUUGUGAUCAAGCCAUACCUUGAGUCCAUGAAUGCGGUUGUUGCAGCUUGGCUUCCGGGAACAGAAGGUAGAGGUGUGAGUGAUGUUCUAUUUGGUGACUAUGGUUUUACAGGAAAGCUUCCUAGGACAUGGUUCAAGACUGUUGAUCAGCUUCCCAUGAAUGUGGGUGAUCAACAUUAUGAUCCACUCUUCCCUUUUGGCUUUGGCCUCACAACUAAUUAACCAUGUUUUUUUUAUAAA